AUGGCCAACCGCCAUCGCGAAGCAUCGAGCAACCCUAACAGCGCCGACUCAACACCUGCACUGCCUGCGCUGGGCUUCGACAACACCUCACCCUCCUUCGGUAUCUCCUUCUCUCAGCCAUCUUCCUCCUCACCGACCACGCGCGCCGGCUACUCGCGAGUGGGCAACGAUGCGACCGACCGAUAUGCCCCACCCACGAUUGCUGAGGACGAUGAAGAAGACAUUGCGGAUAGCUUCCGUAGGCAGGGCAGCGGUGGAUUAGGUAUAGCAACAGCUGGAGAGUCACCGACGUUGGGCAGUGGAGCAGCGAUACCACCUCAUGUUCGCAAUGCGGGAAGCGCUCCCAUGUGGAGCCCGGACAUCACACUGUCACCACCAGGCACGAGCGAACCCUUCCUCGGCAGAUUUCCUCACGAUUCUGCAGAGGUCACACCUGAUUUGACACGCGAUCGUUUCAGUCCAUACACAGGAAGCUACGAGGAGUUCCAGCGCGGCAUGCUAGGGCACGCGCAGCCCAAUGCCAGUACCACCGACUUUCAGCAGUACAUGCACACUUCAGACACACAACGGCUACGCGGUGCACCCUCCAUCAGAUCGGCGUUUGAGAACAACGGGUUCCAUCCUGGCCACGAGUGCCAGACACGCAGAGACUUCUACCAUUCUCGAUUCUCUUGGCUCAACGGCACGCUCAUAUUCAUCUGUCUACUCUCCACGGUACUGUCAGGCAUCUUCCUAGGGCUAGCACUAAGAGCUCCACGAUAUGGCCGCUACAUCAGCACGAGCGAUGGGGCAACGAUGCGCCCUGCAACUGCAAUUCUGUGGACUUCUAUCACAGCGAAGAUUAUCGAGCUGUCCUUUGUCACUGGAUUUGUCGCAUUCCUGGGCCAGGUGUUGAGUCGGAGAGCAUUUAGUCGAGUUGGUGGAGGUGUGACAUUGUCAGAGCUGAGCAUGUGGCGUUGGGUUGUCCAACCAGGUACCCUCAUCACUCACUGGGAGACUGCGAAAUACGCUGGCCUGUCGUUCCUUGGCAUGUUGAGUCUGUUGAGUGCAGUCCUGGCAACCCUCUAUGCGCCUGCAGCAACCGCUCUCGUUCAGCCAAUGCUGAAGAACGGAUAUAAAGAGACCAGGCUCUUGGCUGGAAGCGUCAAGAGUGAUUUUGCAAACAUCCUACAUAUUCAGGAAAUGUGUCAGACCCCAAUCACCACUGACAAAGAGUACGGAGGCACAACUUGUACACAGAUUGAACAUGCCGGUCAAGGAUUUUACAAUUACCAUAAGUACCUGGCUGACUGGACCCACGAAGCUAAAACGUACAACAGCUCAUCCGAUCAGACAAAACGCCCGCUAGGAUUCGGACUCUUGUACGAGAACACCACCAUUACAGCUCAGUGGAUUGACAUCAUCAACACCACAGAAAAGUCCAAGGAAUACGGCCGAGUUAUCAAUAAUGUCUCCCUUGCCAUGCCACACGCUGGUGUGUUUGCAGCAGCACGCGACCAAAGGAAUGGCAUUCUUCAGCCAGAAGAGCUAGAUUCUGAAGGUACCUAUAAGCUUGAGGCUUCUGUACCUUCGCCGGUCAUGAAAGUCUUAUGCGUCAACAUGAACGAGUCUGAGCUUGCGCCUCUGGUCUAUGCUAAAUGGCCAAAUGCCGAGCCGAUAAACGCCACAAGCUGGACUAAAGCAAAUUUGAUGGCGCACGCAACUACCACGAAUGCGACAGUAGUAGAUGAUAUCUUCGGCUGGACCAAACAAGACAAGGAGACAAUGCUCGAUUACCCCCCAGUGUUCUCCAGAUUUCCCAAACCCUUCAACACGGUCCUCAACCAUACCAGUUUUGCCUGGGGAAGACCUGCCAUCUAUUUGAUGGGUCAAGGUGGAGAUGGUACAGCGGGGCCCAAUAUGACCGGAAUCUACUCCGUUUGCAAGAUCGACGUCGACAUUACGCCGUAUUGUAGCACACAAUACGUGGCUGGUGGCUCUGGUGGAAAAAUGGAGGCUCUGUGUGGAGAUCCAGCUAACAACACGGUUGGCAACAUGGCGUACAUCAACAGCCUGACAAACGCGACAUUGGUGCGAGGUGUCGCCAACUGGCGGGACGUCGGAACCGAUUGGUCAAACAGUUUAUCGCUCGGCACUGGCAUCAGUGAUGGUGAAGCCAGCAAUUCGAGACUGUUGAUGCAAUUGCAGCUAGUGCCUACAGGUGGUAUGAAAGCGGACCCGAACAACCUGAACGUUAAGCUCAACCCACUGCUUCCUAGCAUGAGUGAGGCCGUUGCGGUUUUGUCUGGCUGCACGUUACUUAAGAGUUUUAUCGACGCACCUUUCGUUCCUUUCUGGAACUACACUGUCCCUGAGGGGACAGCGUCACUCGAGGUUCCGCAAACACAGUACUUCAACGCGACAAUUGUAGCACAGCAGUAUGCCUCCGGUGGAGUGGACAAUGCUUCCAAAGCCUGGAUGGUCAUACUCUUCUUGGUGUUUCUCAUGAACAUUUUUGUUCUUGUCUACUUCAUCUUCCACCGCGGUCUCGUCACCGACUUUUCCGAGCCACCGAACCUUUUUGCGUUAGCUGUCAACAGUCCACCCAGUCAGGCUCUGGCAGGCAGUUGCGGUGGAGGCCCGGAGGGCAAACAGUACAUGGUCAACUGGUUUGUCAAUCAUGAGGGCGAACACUUGUACAUGGAGCCUGGUGAGAAGACAGCACUUCUGGCUGGACACGAGCAUCCGCAUGUGCACCCGCACGUCCAUGAUCAUGACCACGGUGCUCCGCGACAAGCCCAAUCGAAAGGAAAGGGUGUCUUAUCAAUAAUCACAACGGCGUUCAGUAGCGUCCGGUCGCCGUUUGGUUCCAAGACUAAAGCUCCAGCAAAAGUCAGUCAGCCUGCUGGUGCUGAACGACUUCGGCCUCUCAGCACGGUGGGCAGUAUGCGCUCUGGAGCUUCGCCUUCUGGGUACGAGCUCGAAGACGGUGAGACGAGGACACAACGACAGUACGCCAAAUUAUCGAACCGGAGGAGCAUGCUUUGA